UUGUGUUUGUAUUAUGUUUUGCCCCUGUUCAGCAUCCCAAUUACGGUCUGCUUUGAGCCAACGAGCGACAGACCCAUAACUCUUCCGAUAGUUUCUCGGUACACGUUGUCAAGCGUGACAAUGUCCGCACAGCGACAGCCCAAUCUUCUCUUCCAGCCGUUCAUGCCUGGCGUGCGUAAUGUCAGUCGUGUAGCUCAACUCGACAGUAGCAUAACUAUUAGCAGCCAUACCACACCUGCCUGCGCUACACAUAACAUCUACCUUGAAACCGUACUAAAUCGUCCAUGCCGGCAGUCCCAGUUCUCAUUUACCUGGCAAACAGACGUGCCGGCCAGCACGCGCACAAACCUGGCUCAUGUUGUCAUCGAGAACACACAAGGACCGCUAGUCGGAAAUGUGACGUUUGUUGACGACUGCCCCACCUGUCGACCAGACCUGUCCUUACAGUUGCAAGCUGUUGGUGGAUUGGAGUGAGUUUUUUGUUUGUGUUUUUUUUUUACUGUUUUA